AUGCCUGGUUGUUGCUUGUUGAAUUGUUUCGGUAUCUGCCGCAAUCGCCGCCGCAGAUCCCCAGGCUUUGUAGGCUUGCCCGCCUCCAGCCCUGUCGUCCCUCCCAAUAAUCCUGUUUUUGCAUCCUCUCAGCCUGGUUCCAUCCCAACCGAUAACCCUAACGAUUAUCAGUACGGCGAGCGCGAGAUGUGGGGAGGCUUGCGACAAAGAUGGAUCGAUGAUGCAAACGAGCCCAACUGUACAGUGAAACCGCUAAAUUUUGAAUUUAGAAGCCUGACCCAUGGUGCACACAGGUCCCAACGAUGGACAACAAAUUUCAACCGCUGGGGACCAGCACCCAUCGGUCUUCGAGAUGACCUCGAGGCUUGUGGGUUCCCUACAGGUCCUGAAGAUUACCACGACAUCAAGAUCUCAAAGAACUCGUCCACUCCGCACCCUAAAAGAGGUUCGGGAACAAACUUUUACCAUAUCUCGACCGCAUUAGGGGUUAUUAUCCUGAGAAACGUUGAAAGAUACGAUGGACCUUGGUGGAGUCAAGUCGCCCUUGCACAGUACGAUACUCACUUCGCGCGGAAUAUCUUGAGACAUAUUUACCUCGAAAAUAUUAUCAACACAGAUACCAGGGACUUCAUACAAGACCUUUGGGCUAGAACUCAACCAGCUGGUUCCCAGGAUUUCCAGCGAUCUUCAGCAUCACAGAACCAAGUGGUCUGGAGCUUUGAUACCCCCGAAUACAAGGCCAUUCUAGGCACACAGCUUGGGAAAGGAGCGGCGGCUGUUGUUCUGUCGGCGUUCCCUAGAGGUACACAUCGUAUCACCAGAGUCGUUGUCUGGAGGAAAACUAUCAUGCAGAUACGGUUUGAUAUUGAAAAUAAAUCUUACCUUGAGACAGGUAUACAAUCAUAG